AGAAGCAGAAGGGCGAGCGAGGAAGGAGGGAUCCCAGGAGCAGCCGCCAUGGGGGAGGCGGAGAAGUUCCAUUAUGUUUACAGCUGCGACCUGGACAUCAAUGUGCAGCUCAAGAUAGGAAGCUUGGAGGGGAAAAGAGAGCAGAAGAGCUACAAAGCGGUUUUGGAAAAUCCCAUGCUGAGGUUCUCGGGCUUGUACCAGGAGACCUGUUCCGACUUGUACGUCACCUGCCAGGUCUUUGCAGAGGGCAAGCCUCUUGCCCUUCCGGUUCGGACGUCCUACAAAGCUUUUAGCACCAGAUGGAACUGGAACGAGUGGUUAAAACUGCCGGUCAAGUAUCCAGACUUGCCGCGCAAUGCCCAAGUGGCCUUGACAAUUUGGGAUGUCUAUGGACCUGGCAAAGCAAUCCCUGUCGGGGGAACGACUGUCUCGCUUUUCGGAAAGUAUGGGAUGUUCCGCCAGGGAAUGCACGACCUGAAGGUCUGGCCCAACGUGGAGGCAGACGGUUCGGAGCCCACCAAGACUCCUGGGAGGACCAGCAGCACUCUUUCGGAGGAUCAAAUGAGUCGACUUGCCAAGGCCUCUGGCAAGGAACAUUUGGAGGAACUCACCAAAUCUCACCGACAAGGCCACAUGGUCAAAGUCGACUGGCUGGACAGACUGACCUUUCGGGAGAUCGAGAUGAUCAAUGAGAGUGAGAAGCGCAGUUCCAACUUUAUGUAUCUGAUGAUUGAAUUCCGCUGCGCAAAAUGCGAUGACAAAGAAUACGGCAUAGUUUAUUACGAGAAGGACGGCGAUGAGUCAUCGCCCAUUUUAACGAGCUCCGAGAUCGUCAAGGUUCCAGAUCCACAGAUGUCUAUGGAAAACCUAGUGGAAAGGAAACACCACAAGCUUGCUCGGAGUUUAAGAAGUGGACCUUCCGACCACGAUCUCAAGCCCAACGCUGCUACCCGAGAUCAGCUCAACAUCAUCGUGAGCUACCCUCCGACGAAGCAGCUGACUUACGAAGAGCAGGACCUCGUGUGGAAAUUCCGAUAUUAUCUCACUCAUCAGGAAAAGGCGCUGACCAAGUUCUUGAAGUGCGUCAACUGGUACCUCCCGCAGGAAGCAAAGCAGGCGCUGGAGCUCCUGGGGAAGUGGAAGCCGAUGGACGUGGAAGACUCCCUGGAGCUCUUGUCCUCGCAUUUCACGAACACCACAGUCCGGCGUUACGCUGUCGCUAGGUUGCAGCAGGCAGACGACGAGGAUCUCCUGAUGUAUCUGCUCCAGCUGGUCCAGGCCUUGAAGUACGAAAACUUCGACGACAUCAAGAAUGGGUUGGAACCGACGAAGAAAGACAGCCAGGGAUCCAUGACAGAAAGCAUGGCGACGUCUGGGGCCAAUCCUGCAGAAAUAGACAGCUCUCAGAUCAUCACAAGCCCAUUGCCUCUCAUCUCCCCCCCACCUUCUGCAGCAAAAUCAAAGGAGCCUGCCGACAGCGAAAACCUUGAGCAAGACCUUUGCACGUUCUUGAUCUCGCGAGCCUGCAAGAAUUCCACGCUGGCAAACUACUUGUAUUGGUACGUGAUCGUGGAGUGUGAAGAUCAGGACACCCAGCAGAGAGACCCCAGAACUCACGAGAUGUACUUGAACGUCAUGAGAAGGUUCAGCCAAGCUCUGCUAAAGGGUGAUAAGUCUGUCAGGGUGAUGCGGUCUUUGCUGGCGGCCCAGCAGACGUUUGUAGAUCGGCUCGUUCAUCUCAUGAAAGCAGUGCAGCGUGAAAGUGGCAAUCGUAAAAAAAAGAACGAGAGGCUGCAGGCACUCCUGGCAGACAACGAGAAGAUGAACCUUUCAGAUUUUGAGCCCAUUCCCUUGCCCCUGGAACCUCAGGUGAAAAUCCGAGGGAUAAUCCCGGAGAAAGCGACGCUGUUCAAGAGCGCCCUAAUGCCAGCCCAGUUGUUUUUCAAGACUGAAGACGGGGACAAGUAUCCUGUUAUAUUUAAACACGGGGAUGAUUUGCGGCAGGAUCAACUAAUUCUUCAGAUCAUUUCGCUCAUGGACAAGCUCUUACGCAAGGAGAAUCUGGAUUUGAAGCUGACCCCUUACAAGGUCUUGGCCACUAGUACAAAACAUGGUUUCAUGCAGUUCAUUCAGUCAGUCCCUGUGGCUGAGGUUCUUGCAACCGAAGAAAGCAUACAGAACUUCUUCCGAAAACACGCACCAAGCGAAACGGGACCCCACGGAAUAAGCGCAGAGGUUAUGGACACUUACGUCAAAAGCUGUGCUGGAUAUUGUGUAAUUACAUACAUCCUUGGCGUUGGAGACAGGCAUUUGGAUAAUCUGUUGCUAACCAAAACAGGCAAACUUUUCCACAUCGAUUUUGGCUACAUCCUGGGCCGUGACCCAAAACCUCUUCCCCCACCCAUGAAGCUGAACAAAGAGAUGGUGGAAGGCAUGGGGGGGACGCAGAGCGAGCAAUACCAGGAGUUCCGCAAGCAGUGCUACACAGCUUUCCUCCACCUGCGCAGGUAUUCCAACCUCAUUUUGAACCUGUUCUCCCUCAUGGUCGAUGCCAACAUCCCGGACAUAGCUCUUGAGCCAGACAAGACUGUAAAGAAGGUGCAAGAUAAGUUCCGCCUGGAUCUCUCUGACGAGGAGGCUGUGCACUACAUGCAGAGUCUGAUAGAUGAAAGUGUCCAUGCUCUCUUUGCUGCGAUGGUGGAGCAGAUCCACAAGUUUGCUCAGUACUGGAGAAAAUGAGCCCCAUCAGCUUCUGGAGGAAACCACAUGGUUGUGUGUUAAGCUGUUGAAGAUGGCACCCAACAGAGUGUACUGAACAUUUUAGCAGCUCAGAUAGUUUGCCUCGUCUGGAUUUCCAUUAAGACAAGGUCAAGAAGUUUGGGAAAGAGAGAAGUAUCCCUCCAAAUGCAAAUACUAUGAAAAGAAGGACGUGUCACGGCCAUCUAAGUGUUUCUCUACGCCUGAUGUUGGAGUCAGAAACUGAAGCUUACCACUGCGCUUAAAUCGGCUGGUGUCUAUAGGAGCACGUGUUACAAAAUGUCCAUUUUAAUUAAUGGAAAGAAAAGUAUUGUCAAAGCUGUUUAUGGACUUGGGAACUGAAGUUUGGGGUUCACUGAUAGGACUUGUCCAAAUUGUUAUUGGGAAUAAGCAGCUGUGUGGUUCUUUCUUUUGGCAACAGCUGUCUUCCAAAGUGUCAGCAAGAGCCCAGCCACAAUG